AUGCGCGUCGCGGCGGCUCCGAUGUUCGCGCUCCUCUUCCCCCGGGCCGGCACGGCCUUCCGCGCCCUCGGUCGCGCGCAGCCGCGCCUCCGGGCGUUGGCGUCGUCGGCCGCCGCGGCGCCCGCGGUCAUGCCGCCGGUCACCCUCCUGUCGGGCUUCCUCGGCGCGGGCAAGACGCAGCGCAAGACGUCCAUGCUCACGGGCAUUUUGGACAACCGCGACGACCUGCGCGUCGCCGUCGUCGUCAACGACGUCGCCUCCGUCAACGUCGACGGCGCCGUGAUCCGCAAGGAGCUCGUCGGCGUCGACGAGACCGAGGUCGAGCUCCUCGAGCUCCAGAACGGCUGCGUCUGCUGCGGCGCGUCGGCGCUGGAGCUCGCCGGGAACGUCAAGGACCUGGUCCGGGUCGGCGCGGACCGCGGCAAGCCCUUCGACCACGUCGUCAUCGAGAUGUCCGGCGUCGCGGACCCGAGAGCCGUCCAGUACAAUCUGGAGGACGGCGGCGUGGCCGUGGACCGCAUCGUCACGGUCGUCGACGCGCCGGCCUUCGCGGAGCAGUGGAUGUCCUGGGACAGUAUGGAGGACCGCGUCGCCGACGACGGGCCGCCGCCGGACCCCUACCACGGCGUCGUCGAGGCGCGCAAGGCGGCCCUCGCGUCCGUCGCGGACCUCGAGGCGGACCCCUGCGCGGCGCAGCGCAAGGUGACGGCGCUGCUCGUCGCGCAGGUCGAGGCCGCGGACGCCGUCGCCAUCAACAAGGUCGACAUGGCGUCGGCCAAGGACGUCGAGACCGCGAGUCUCACCUGCGCGGCGCUCGUGCCGGACGCGGACGUGCUCGUCACCGAAUUCGGGCGGGCGGCGCUCGCCGACCUGCUGCCCAACGUCGCGACGCCGGCGCCGGCCGCGGGGGAGGCGUCGUCCCGCCGCGCGGACCCGGACUGCGCGUCGGAGGCCGACGCGGCGCACGACCACGACCACGACCACGACCACGCCGCGCCCGCGCCGCUCACGGUCGACGCGCUCGGCGUGUCGUCCUUCGCCUACGAGAACCACGAGCGGCCGUUCGACUACGCGAAGCUCGUCGGCCUCAUCAAGCGGUGGCCCAUCCCCCAGAAGGACGUGCUGAAUCUGGACGACGUCAAGCCCGGCGGCGCGGGCGUCCCCGGCGUCGAGAGCGCGUGGGAGGCCGUGCUCCGGUCCAAGGGCUUCGCGUGGCUCGCGUCGCACCCGAACCGCGCCAUCUCCUGGGCCUUCGCGGGGAAGCACUUCGCGCUCGAGGACGCGGGCGACUGGGACGGCGCGACGCCGCGGUCCGAGAUCGUCGUCAUCGGCGUCGACAUCGACGAGGCCAAACUCCGCGCGGACCUCGACGGCUGCCUCGUCGACGACGCGCAGCUCGAGGCCUACCUCGAGCGCGACCGCGCGGCCGGGCCCCGCUUCGACGUCGGCGCGGCCGUCGAGUGCAACCUCGGCGGCCCGAACGGCUGGACGCCGGGCACCGUCGUCACCCACAACUACAUCGAGGAGGGCUGGGACGCGCCCGUGCCCUACCAGGUCGAGCUCGGCGACGGCACGCUCAUCUUCGCGCCCGCGGACUCCGACGAGGUCAUCCGCGCGUCCCUCCUCAACAUCGAAACAAGUGCGCUGCGGCCGCUGCUCCGCGCCGCGAUGCAUCGCCGCGCCUUCGCCGCGCCGGCGACGACGGUGCGGUCCGAGGCGCCGCUGUCGACGACCUUCCCCGCGAAGAUCGAGGAGCGCCGCGAAGUCUCCGUGCUCGGCCUGCCCCUGGCCGCCGUCGACGUGCUGCUGGCCAAGGGCGGCGCCCUCUUCGACGGCCUCGACGACGGCGUCACGGGCGUCGAGCGCGACGCGUUCCUGCAGCUCCUCGAGAACGAGGUGGCCAUGCGCGGGCUGUCGUGCGAUUUCGCGGACCUCGACGGCCUGCUGCGGGAGCGCGCGGCGCCGGGGGACGAGCACCUGGCGCGGGAGACGCUCGACGAGCUGCUCGCGGGGCUCAAGGGCUCCAUCGCGAACCUGUCGGGUCUCCACCGAAUGUGUGACGUGCGCAUCGACGUCGACGACGCGGAGCCGAAGCUCCAGCCCCUCAACGGCUCCUUGUCGAGCGACUUCAAGGAUUAUGGGGCCGCCCUCGUCGCUAGCAAGAUGACGCCGGCGCGCGCGCUCGCCGUGCUGGGCGCGCUGCGGGCCGACGGCUGGCGUGUGCUCUCCAGCGAUGUCUACCACCUCGGCCCCGGCGGUCCGGACCACAAGUACGCCGACGAGGUCAGGACGUUCAUCAUGGAGUUGGACGAGUCCGGCGGACACCGGACGCCCGACCGCCACCGCCGGCGCACGGUCGUGCCCGCGCGGGAGAUCGAGGCCAUCGACGUGCCGUCGCCGCGGCCCGACGCCGCCUCGCCGACCAAGGCGGGCCCGCCGCCGGUCCCCGCCCCGAGCGCCGCGCCGCCGCCGCCCGCGCCCGCGCCGCCGCCCGCGCCCGCGCCGACGCCGCCGCCCGUGCCCGCCGCCCUCAAGGCGCAGCUCGCCGAGGCCGCGACCAAGGACGCGCCCGCGGACGCCGGCGACGCCGCGGCGCCGCCGACGGUGGCGCUCGGCGGGGGCUCGGGGCGCAACUUCAUGGAGACCCUGCGCGAGGGCAAGCGCAAGGAGGCCGAGGACAAGGCGAAGAUGCUCGCCGCCAUGACGCCGGAGGACCGCGACAAGUUCCUCGCGGCGGAGGAGGCGGCGGACGCGCACGACAAGCUGAAGAGCAAGCACCAGCGCAAGCACGCGAACCGCCUCGCGUCGACGUUCAAGAGCUCGGGCGCGUCCCUGUCCUUCCGGCGCGGCGGCGCGGGCGGCCGCGGCGGCCGCGGCCGCGGCGGCCGCGGCGCGGCGGCGUCGCCGUCGUCGUCGAAGGGCCCGCACUCGGCGAGCGCCGCGGCGUCGGCCGCGUCGCCCCAGACGAGCCGGCGCGCCGCGCAGCGCCCGCCCGCGGCGCCGUUGAGCGCGACGUUCGCCGCGAGCCAGUCGAGCGUCGUCGCGCGGUCCGCGUCGUGCUCCGCGAAGCGCGUCGCGAGCGCGGGGUCCGUCGCCAUGGCGCGCGUCCCGACGUCGAUCCUGAGGCACAAGGUCACGAUGAUCUCCGUGCGUCGAUCCGUGCGCCGGAUGGUCGCGGAGCUGCCGCAGAAGGUCCGGUCCUACGCGAAGCCGAGCCCCUGCGGCCUCUACUACCCGCGGCCGGCGACGAGCGACGGCAUGAAGCCCUUCGUCGAGGUCGAGAUCCUCAGCCCGCCGCCGCGCGCCGCGGUCGCGGCCGCGUUCCUCGACGACCUCAGCGCCGACGCCAUCGACGACCACGUCGCCUGGUCCGAGCGGCUCCAGGACCGCGAGGCCGCGCUCCAGCGCGAGAUCGAGAAGCAGGCCGCGCGCGACGCCGCCGCGUCCGCGCCGGGCAUGAGCCUCCGCGUGGAGGUCGACGGGCUCGAGAGCCAGGUGCCCAUCCCCGCGGGCGUGCGCCCCGGCGACGCCUUCGAGGCCGAGAUCCCCGGCGCCGCGCCCCCCGUCGUCGUCGCGACGGCCGUCCCCUCCGACGAGGAGGUCGCGGCCGCGCUCCAGCGCGCGGAGUGCGACCGCGCCAUCGCCGCGCUCGACGGCGCGCGCCUCGUGUCCGUGGCCGAGCGGGGCGGGCCGGCGCCCGCGCCGCACCUGACGCUCGCGGAGCAGAAGCUCGUCAACUACCGCUGGUCGAUCAAGUGCUUUGCUUUGGUCGACGUGCUCGACACGUUCCUCACGUGCCUCGGGCCCGUGGGCGACUGGGGGCCCGUGGCCCUCUUCUUCAUCCUCGGGCCCAUCUGCGGCUACUUCGGCGCGCGCCAGCUCGACCACCGGAAGGCGACCAUAUACCUCGCGUUCUGCCUCCUCAAGUCGCUCUACGUCCUCGUGCUCUUCGCCGUCUACGCGACCAACGCGCUCUACCUCCUCGUGCUGGCCGUCCAGCUCUGGGUGACGAACAUCGUCUACAAGUUCUGGAAGCUCCUCGGCUCCGUGUCGUCCGCGCGCGCGAAGCAGCUCACGUCCGACGAGUACGCGCGCCGCGGCGACAUCCUGUCGCUCGCCGACCCGUCGAGCGACCCGUCGCUGGCCGAGCGCGUCGGCCGUGUUCUGCCCCGCUUCAGCAGGCAGAACAAGUCCAGCAACUGCACGCUCGAGGCCCAGGGCCGCGUCGUCCGCUACGCGGCCGGCGGGAAGGCGCCGGCGCUCGCGGAGAUCGACGUCGACGGCGGCCGCUGCGAGCUCGAGGUCCUCGACUGCGGCUUCGCGCUCGGCUUCGGCGCGCUCGUCCCGAACGGUCCCUGCGCGGCGCUCGCCGCGGGCCAGCUGCCGCACUGCUUCGGCGGCGGGUGCCUGCUGCGCGAGUCCGGCGACUGGAUCGCCGGCGGCCGCGCCGUCGCGUCCACGGGCGAGUCCUACGAGACCUUCCGCGACGGCGACGUCGUCGUUCUGACGCUCCGCGGCUCCGAGCUCUCGAUCAAGCGCGUGCGGCCCGCGUGCGGCGGCGCCGUCGUCACGGAGCUCGGCGCCGUCGCCCAGGCGACGGCGGGGCCCCUCCGGCCCUACGUCUUCCUCCGCGGGCUCGAGGGCGCCGCCGUCGCGCUCCGUCCCAAGAGGGGGCCCUGGCGCGCCGCGGGCGGCGACCGCGCGGCCUACCCGGCGGCCUUCCACGGCGCCGCGCUGGCGCUCGACGAGGCGGCGACGGCCAAGGUCGGCUUCUCCUUCCCCGCCGAGCUCCUCGAGGCCGUCCUCGCGUUCAACGACUGCAUCGUCGCCAUGGCGCGCGUCCCGACGUCGAUCCUGAGGCACAAGGUCACGAUGAUCUCCGUGCGUCGAUCCGUGCGCCAAAUGGUCGCGGAGCUGCCGCAGAAGGUCCGGUCCUACGCGAAGCCGAGCCCCUGCGGCCUCUACUACCCGCGGCCGGCGACGAGCGACGGCAUGAAGCCCUUCGUCGAGGUCGAGAUCCUCAGCCCGCCGCCGCGCGCCGCGGCCGCGUCCGCCUUCCUCGACGGCCUCAGCGCCGACGCCAUCGACGACCACGUCUCCUGGUCCGAGCGGCUCCAGGACCGCGAGGCCGCGCUCCAGCGCGAGAUUGAGAAGCAGGCCGCGCGCGACGCCGCCGCGUCGUGGGCGUGGCCCUGA